ACGGAGGAGAACUGAUUGUUCGUGAGCUCAUCGCAGGCCUACCGCCUACGUAUAUAUGUAUCCCCGGCCGCUCGGUUUCUUGUGAUUAUCACGGGAUCGCGUCGCCGAACAGGACCUCCGGAAUCCCCCUCAUCGCCCUCCACCGCCACCCCGGCUCCGAUGGCCGGCUCCGACGAUGAUCAGAAAGUCGUGGUGUGCUUACGCUCGCUCGGCAGCGCGCCGAUGCUGAGGCGAAACAAGUUCAAGAUUUCGGGACGAGAGAAAUUCUCGAAGAUUAUCGAAUUUCUUCGCGGACAACUUCAGAAGGAUACGCUGUUUGUCUAUGUCCACAGUGCAUUUUCACUAAACCCAUUUUCACCAAAACCAGACGAGCUGCUAAUCGACUUAUAUAAUAAUUUUGCUAUGGACGGAAAUCUUGUGGUAUCUUAUGCUUUUUGGGCACCGUGGGGUUAAAAUGUUGGACUUGCGGGAAUAAUUGAGUGGAUUGAGAAGGACGUUUAAAAUUCGUCAGCUUGUGUAUACUUGGAGUUGUAGUGUUGGUCACUCCAAGAGGCACUGUAAAGUUCCUUGCAUAUAUCAAUGAAAGUAAAGGUUCAUGGCUUGCGCGAAAACAUAUCUAAUGCAUACUUCCCCCCUACAUUAGGCAUCUAGUUCUGCCAAUACAUCACAAACAUGUAAAAAAAAUCAUGUGAUGCUAAAACAUAUAUGCUCAUAAGCUUUUAAUUAAAAUUUGCAACAAAAUUAGUAGUUUCUUGUUGGACCUAUUAUGCAUGUGUUCCCUCUUGCUACUAUAAAUUUCAAGUUUUUCAUUGAGUAGUUUCAUUGUCUUGAACUAAAAUAGCAUGUGCCCGGGCAACAUUUUAGUUGAUAAUUAUUUUUAUUACUCAACUUCUUAUAUGAAGUAAAAGUACAUAAUUUUAGAGUCUAUAGAAAAAAUCAAACCGUUCCCAUAGGAUGCAUAGAUAUACAAAUUUAGCAUGUCAUUUCCCAAGUGAAAUAUUACAACAAAAAUCUGAGAUUUUUGUCGUGUCAUAUCCUUUUAUUCAAAAAAGGUACUCCCUCCGAUCGGAAUUAAUUGAAGCAACCUCUAUUCACAUGAAAAUCUAGCAAUCUCUCUUACCUACAAAGGUAUGUGAAACUGCCAUGUUAAUGGAUCUUGAAAUUUGACUGAAUUAAUAGUAUUAUAUCUAUCUACUUAGAUAAUUAUAAUUAAGUUUGAGAGCUUUUGUUAAAUUAGACAUAAUGAAAUUUAGGGUUUAAUCUGAAUCAAUGUACAUGAGUCAAACUACUAUAUUAACUGAUAUUGUAGUACUAAAUGAUUCUCAGUGUGGUAUUAUGGCUUCAAUUUUCCAAUGGGAUGUUCAUUUUUUAGAUUGUUUUUAUUUUGUUUGUUAUUUAUCACCACGUACAAAAUUGAUCUGCAGCUAAUGAUUCUUUGAUGUGCGAAUUUUAGAGCUCAUCUGCUGGUUCAGUGACAGACAUUGGUCUGUCGUAGAUUGUUUUCUGUGUCACUUUCGUUUGAUCGCGUCUUCAUUUUCCCCGUAGGAUGUGUGAACUGUGACUUGUUAUAUCUUCUUGUGCUAGAAGCCUUAACUCAAGACUACCUUUGUUAAUCUAGAUUUUUUGUACAUUGUUCGCCCCAAGAGAAGUCAUUUUUUAAUAUAUAUAUCUUUUUUUACAUCCUUGAUGUCUUGAGUAGCUCUUGAUAUCGUGUUGUUGCAAAGUCAGGUGUAAUUGAUAUCGUCAUGAUAUUAAUAUAUAUUAUCCUUUUUGAGAAAAAAAACACAAUGACACACAUAUACAUAGAUGAUCAGGUACAUUUUUACCUAAUUCAUGGGAAAAUCAAUUCACUUCAACAUGUGUUCAUUUUUCUAUCAAAAAAACUUAUUUUUCAAAAACACUAUUUUGUAGCAACUUCUAGUUACCUCUUAUUUAUUGUGCUUUAAAUAUAUUUACUAGUAGGCUACAAAGUUUUUCUUAAAAUAAAAGACAUGCAAAGUUCAAAUCGCUAGUCUGCUCACAGUAUUUUGUAUGUGAGUCGACGGGUUGUGUCCAUGUGUCGAUACAAAAGUUCAGACUUGGCUUGCCCUCGGUCAUUCACUAGUAGUCUAGUACGUUCACCUGCAACACAUGUCUCAAACAAUUCAUGUAAAAUUCAUGUGAUUUUAAAGUUUUGAAUUCGUAUUCCAAAGGAUUCAGAAAAUAAAAGAAGGCAUGACCAUGAGAAAUCGGUGCACAAUGAUAUACAUUUUUAAAG